UUGCACAAACAAGGUCUCAUUCUCAUUCGUCCCGCCACUCGAGCUGAGGACGGACGUACGCGACGCGCGCGAUCGUAUUUAUGAACGAAUUCGUUCAUCGGCACAUUGCCCAGUGGUACUUUACAUAUUUGUGUAAACAAAAGUGUUCAUUUUAAUACAUGUGUAAUUUCAUUCGCUAGUUGUGUGAUGUGACAGUUAUGACAAGUGUUUUGAAGAAAUCUAGAGGUACAAAAGGAAAAUCUGAAUCAAUGCAGGAGGAUUUGCCUGCGAGAUGGAUCAGCUCCCAGCAGAAGACGGAGGAUGCUGGGAAACUGAUAAAAUACAUUAACGACAAUAUUAUUGGAAAUGGCAAUCCGUUUUGCGGACCCUUUGGACGCAGAAAAGUGGUAUACUGCGACUACAAUGGAUCAGGGCGUGCGUUGGAGUGUCUCGAGGAGUACGUCACCAGUCAGGUGCUGCCCACACACGCUACCAGGUGCACGGCGCUUUCCUACACGUCGGGCCAGAGUGAAAUUUACAGAUCGGAGUCGAAGCUGAUAAUUCGCUCAGCAGUCGGCGCGGGCGCCGACGACGCCGUCGUGCUGGGCGCGUCGUUGCCGCGCUUCCUGCGCGCGCUGCGGCCUGGCAACGUCGCGCUGUUCGUGUCGGCGCGAGAGACUGAGCGGCAGCUCGCGGUGUGGCGGGAGUUCGAUGCUGAGAUCGUCAAAAUCCCCGAAACAAAAGAAGGCUUCAUCGACCUCAACAACCUGGAACAGAAGCUUCAAAGAUACUCAGGGUCCGGCAAACGUAUGAUCGGCUUCUUCCCCGCAGCAUCCAAGCUUACCGGAGUCUUAGCCGACGAUAUGGCUACAACGCUUUUACUGCACCAAUAUGGAGCGUGGGCUUUCUGGGACUAUACCUUAGUAGCCCCAACAUCAGCCGUUGAUAUGAACCCGACAUUCCCCGGGGUUGAGGAAGAGAUGGUGAAGAAAGAUGCCGUCUUCUUCAACUGUGAGAAGUUUGUGGGGGGCGUGCAGGGACCGUAUGUCGCUGUUGUGAAGAAGGACGUGUUUAGGAAUACUCCGAUCUAUUCUGAUGAUGUUGAGGUUCUUUGCGAAAGGAUCGAAGAGUGGAGAUGCACGGACGCUGUGAGAACAGCCCUCGUGAUGCAGCUGCGAGAUGCCGUAGGGCUGCAGACCAUCGCGGACAGACAGGACAACAUUACCAGACAAGUCCUCUCACACAUCAAGAACAUUCCGGAGCUGAUACUCCUCGGCAGCGAAACUCCAUCUGCCCGCCGUCUGCCCAUCUUCUCCCUAAUGGUGAAGCAUCCUCGUGGCACCUUCUUACACCACAACUUCAUCUGCGCAGUGCUGAAUGACGUCUUCGGCAUACAGGCCAGGGGAGGACUGAAUAGUAACCUGAACUACGGCUCGGAUAUAUUGGGCAUUGAUGACCAGCUGUUGAAGGAAUAUGAGAAGCUGCUGCAUGUGGAAACACAAAAGGAGAUAGCACGAGUGAGGAAACUCAGCGCCGUCAAGCUUCCCGAUGUGCCCAUUCACAACGAACACCUCAGGCCCGGCUUCUUCAGAGUUUCCCUGCAAUAUUUCAUGUCCGACAGCGAACUCGCGUUCGUCCUUGAAGCUCUGAAAAUGGUGGCCACUGAAGGAUGGAAGAUAUUGCCCCAAUACGUGGUGAACCCGCAGACGGGACAGUGGAAACACCACACAUGCUCCACACUAAGAGACAGACGAUCACUGUAUUCAUUGAGGUUCAAUGACGGAAAAGUUACGGCCGACGAAAGAAGAGUCUCAGGUCCUGGAAUAUUCCCGCAAACAUACACAGAAUGCUUGCAAACUGCCAGAAAUCUAUUCAACCGGGCAAGGAAAUUAGCAAUGAAAUGUUCGACAGCUGAGCCGGAAGUCAGUUUCAACCCGCGCAUCGACUAUCUGCGCUGGUUCAUGUUACCAAAAGAGGCCCAUGACCUGCUGUUGGGGCGGUCAGCGAAUGUCAAGCAUAUUGUGCCAUUUGAUCCUUCCGGAUACACUGGCGCCAGAAAGAGUCUACACAAUAGAGCUAAUAUCACUUCAUCACCUAUCUUAGGUUCAUCACCGCGUCACUUCAGUCUUUCCGCCAUCGACGACUGUCAGAUAUUCAGAUUGAAGCAGAAACAAAAAUUCUUUUCGAGGGAGUCUAGUCUAAGAGAAACGCCACCGAAGGAAGAAGGUACUCCGACAUCGCAUCCAGUUAAGUUUUCUGUCGGAGAAUCGCUAUCGCCUCUUCGUCUGUGUCCACAAUCAGCGCAGCCUCUACUGAUCCGAUCUAGAUGUUACAGUUUGGGAUCAGAUAGUCCCGCUGUAGCAUUUAGUGCACAAACAAAACUGAACCUCGGGUUGAAGGAAAGUAGUCCGAACAGUGUCACUGAGAAGACAAGUUUCUGCAACUGCGGGAGUCAGACAGAUCUCCAAUCGUUGGACGAUCCCAUGAUCUCACCUCCAGUAUUCCCUUUUAGUACUCAAAGCAGCACUUCUGACUGUAGUCAGCUCGGACGUUCGUCUCCAACGACGUCUUUGACAUCGCAGACAUCUGAAGAUCUCCAGGCCUAUGUUAAAGAGAUGACAAAAGAGAUAUGUACUGAGAUUAAGUCAGAAAUCCGCGAAGUAAUAUCCAGGGUGGAUGACAUUUUGGAAAAUUCUGAUGCGAUUGAUCAGUCAAAUCUUAGUAUAAAUUCAAUUUCUAGUCAGAGUGAUAGAAACUCCGUAUCAGUAAUGGAUGUAGCUGAGUAUCUCAUGGGAAUGUCGAAGGAAAUGGCUUCCGAAGUCAAGAGCGAAAUCAGAGAAAUGGUUAAUCAGGUGGACGAGAUGAUAUCACCUGAAUACGUUGGAAAUAAUUCCAGAAAGAGUUCACCUCCACAAUCGGCGAGAAGGAGAAUAGGAUCUGGGCCGGAGUUAGGAUUAGAUUUGAAAAGGACAUCGCAGUGUUUGAGAAAGUGUCCAACGAGCCCUGUUCUGCCGACUCAGUUGGAUAUUGAAGAAGAAGAAAAUAGACGAUACAAAAGAUCGCCAUCGUCGUCUUCGCCAAAAUCGGCUCAGUGUACACCACUGCACGAAGCUUCGGGCCCGCACAAUAUUUCCUUUAACUCCAGUGAGACUUCAACGCCAGAAACUAUUAUCCAGGUGGUAUCGUCACAGAACUCCCCAAAUAUGCCUAAGUCGAUAAGCUCAAACAAACUUUCUGAUGACGAUGCUUGCUCAGAUACGACCUGUAGACAUUGCUCCGUCAAGAAACAUUGGUGCCAAAACCCUUCAGUCAGCUCACAGGACAGUGGAAUCAACAUGUGUUACACUGAGACCGAUUCAUAUUUAGAGUUCGUGAAAUGGCGAACGUCUUCUGACCCAACGAUGACCAAUAAAGCCAAGAAGCUGCAAGGUAGACUGAGAAUGUGCCAAAGACAUGACAAGAGUGAGGUGCCAGACAUUAUCGAGGGGGUGCCAGUGUGUCCCGGGGACCAUGGGCGUACCGCCAAGCGAUACAGCGAGGUGGUCACCGAGGGAAGAGUGGUCUUUGACAUACCUGACGACCAGGAGAAUAAAGACAGAUGUAAGGACAAACGGUCGAGCCGAUCGUCGAACGCGUCGAGCGGUUCAGAGAACAGCUCGCGUUCGAGCGGCUCAAGUGGCUACGGCACCGACCAGAGGGACUCGCGGGACGAGCUCUUUGACAAAGGCAGCUCGUUCAAACCGGAGUGUUGCUGGGAGGAGACAGAACAGGACGACAGUAGCGCGUGCUCCGACACAUCGUUGCCAGACUUCACUUUGGACGACGAGGGGAAGUGGCACUGCCCGCCGAAAGAUGUGUGGAAACCUACGGUUGAGGCUAUUCAAGAGUACAACAUGAUCCGGGCCGGCGACAAGGUGCUGGUGUGCCUGUCCGGAGGCCGGGACUCCAUCGCGCUGCUCCACACCAUGCAUCAGUACCAGUUCUACGCCAGGGCCAAGGGCACGCACUUUAGCAUCGGAGCACUAUUCGUACACGAGGCCAACUCGGAUGUGGACCCGCUACAUCUCAUGGCGUACUGCCGGACCCUGGGGGUCAAGCUCAUUUACCAGGACAAACUGGAUGACGAAGACUCACAGAGACGCAACAGCAACCGCGCAGAGCUCCAUCGCUGGGCGUCGCACGCGGUCCGCCGGCGCGCGUACGCCGCGGCCGCCGCUCACGGUUACGGCGUCGCGGCGGUGGCGCAACAUCUAGACCAUGCCGCGAGAGCGUUUAUCGCUAGCGCGUUCCAUGGCGGCUCACUGGGGACUGUCAAGGCGCAUUAUAGAGUCAGGGAGUACUCCCUGCGCAUAAUCCGACCGCUGAUCUACGUGCGCGAGCGCGCCCUGGACGCGUUCAGCCGCGCGCGCAUGCUGCCGGACUUCCGCGCAGAAGUGGCUCUGGAGGCCCAGGACGUAGAUAACGAAGGGCAAGAACGUGAGCGUUCAACAGAGUCAGUACAAGUGCGGUGCUCCAUCUCCGAACCACUGGACUGCGCCAGAGACGUACUAUCACUACACGAGAGACUGCACCCGUAUUUGUUCACCAGUCUCAAGAGCGCGUUGCACCCACUCAUCAGCGCAAGAAACAUCGAACAAGAUCUGAAAGAGCAUAGACACCGGAAGAAGUCUGUGAUUCAAAUGAAGAACGGAGCGCCGGUGUAUGACUCUGAAGAAGGGACAGACGAGGAACCCGUGCCAUAAACAAACUGUCACUUGUGAAAACGGAUGCCAGCUCCACACUCUUGGCAAAACAAUUGCAAACUACGAACAAACACCAGCGUGAGAAUAGGUGUUUGACUGACUGUUCGGAUUCGAUGUUGGUGCGUUGCACAAACCAAAGGGUAUUCGGCAACUGGAAACGGACAUGUUGAGCUUGGACUGGGAAUGCGGUUUUCUGUUGGUUGGUGUUCGGCAUUUGGUGUUUGUUGCAAAUCUAAGCGUGUGGAGCCGUGUAGUGUCUACUACAAAACACUAAAGUUUGCAAGUUACGGGUAACUUUCUAGUUAGAGUGACAGAAAAAGAUUCUCGCAAUUUGUCAACUUCGGUUUUCGCGGUAGUAUUUUUGUAUCUUUGUGGUAUGAUACUGGUCUUUGAUUAAAAUUAAGUGAUUCUGGCAAAUUUCCCAAGGCAAUUUUAUCAACAUUAUAUCUACCAACUAACGCUGUUUUUGAGAAUCUGACUGGCUGUAUUUUUCUUUAUUAUUUGGGUACCGGUUUACCUUUGCGCACAGUUUUUGUACAAAUAAACUGUCAUUUUUCAUGCGAACUCUUAUGAGUAGAACAUUCUAGAUAUAGGAACUUAAUGAUGUAGUUAUUGGCACACAUUCGCUACCUUAAUAUAUGUGCUAUAAGGUCGUGUAUGCAUAUUAUUUGGUACUAUCUUCGUGUGCAUAUUUAAUACAUAAACUAUCCAUAAACAUGUAGGUUAAUAUCAUUGUUGUAUUUUUAAAUAAUUAGGUACAAAUGUAGUGCGAAAAACUUUGCCUUCGUAUUUUUCCGGAAACGUUCGUAUUUGUCCUGCUAGUUCAGACAGUGUCAGUACGUCUUGCACUGUGACUGACUGAAAUAGCAUGACACGUUCGUACCUUUCCGUAAAAAUACGUAGGAAAAUCUUUUGGCACUACAUCUGUCUGUACACGCUUUGUCAAAGACCAGAGUCACACCUUGACAAAUAAUAUUUUUACAGUUAUAGCUGUUGUAGUUUUUGCAGAAAUAUUAUUGUGAUGUUUCAAUGAUUAUUUUAAUAUUGUGAUCGAGUAUAGAUAUUUAAAUGUGUUGAAUAUUUUGACCUCAUAGUAUGUACGUAAGUCAGUCAUCGUGUUGUGUGAGUGAGUAGAUUUAAAAAAGUUAGGGUUGCCAUAUUGAUAAUUAUUUUUUCUACUAUGGAAAACGUUAUUUUUAUGUGAGCGUGUUAUAUAAUGCAUUUGUGACGGGGACAGAACGUUCCAUCUAUUAUACAAAUAAUUGCAUGUUAUGUUGAAUGUGUGGAUACUGUUUUAUACAUAUGGAGAAUAGAACAGUAGAUCUAUUUAUUACAUCAUCAUGUUAAAGUAUUUUCAAUGGCGAAUAUAAUGUAGAAAUAAGACGGUCCAUUAUUACCUACUAAAAAUUUACAUGACUUCCCCAGUAGAAAAGUGCAAAAAAUUAAAAAAAAAAAAAGCGCAAAUGGUUGAGUAUUUUUCUACUGGUAAAGUUUGCCAGAGUAUAUAAUCAAUGUUGUUCAAAUUUACUAUUUUAAAAGUAGAAUCAAUAACAUAGUGACACAGAAAAGGUCUUAUUUAUAGAAGGUCUCAGAUUUUUGUCUAUUUGAUACAUCCAGCAAACAAUGUUCAUGUAAAAGUGUUAUUGACUAAAGAUUUUAUAUGAAUAAGGCCGCUUUUAAUAUUUUGUAUAUUUAAGUCAUCAAAGAGUUAUUUGAAAUGUCUAAUAUCCUGACAUUACUUUCGUCUAUUAAAAAUGUUUCUCUAAAAUCUUAGUGUAAGUGUUUUAAUUGUAUCGUUCGAUAUUUGUUUAUGUUGCAUAUAUUAUUUCAUUGUACAACGAUGAUUUUAUAUGGCCCGUUUUAAAAACUGGCGAUUUUAUAUAUGACAACAUCAACAUCCAGGUUCCAGUUUUAAAGUUAUAUAUUUUUUAUCGUAAAAUUGGAAUAUGGUUGUCGAUGUGAGACUGAUUUGAUUUUAUGAAAUAAGACUAUAAUCUUUAAUUAUGUUAGUAAAAAGUUAAACUUGACAUAUAUUGUGACGUUCUUAAUCAAAAGGUACCUCAUUAUCGCUUAGGAUAAGGACGAAAUUUUCAUCUCUAUACAAAGUACUUGUUAGAACGUGCUCAUGUUUAGGCAAGUGACAAUGUAUGUAGGUACCUUUUGCUUGAGGACAAAAUUUAACUGUUAUUCUUAGCCGUUUUAAUACGGUAAAAAUGAAAUUUUAGUUAAUAAAGCUUUUUUAUUGAUUUUAUCGUUUUAUUAUGUAUAUGGUAACUAGUAUAAGAUAAUCAAAUUCCUAUAUUUUAGGAUGUAGCACCUAUUGGUAAGGAGUGUCGUUAGUGUUCAAAUCCCGUCAGUUGCUUCCAGAGAUAUUGUAUUCAUAUACAUCGUCAUUUAAGUAAUAAAAAUAUCUUUUAUUGGAA